CUCAUAUAGACCGCGUGGUCGUCGUGGCUUCUCGCUCUCGUCGUUGAGCUCUGUUUGCCUCGUUGUUUAUGCCAGUGAACUUUACGUUUUUUCCCGGGUUUUCCACUGUGCUCCCGAGUCUAUUUACCACCAAUUUCUUUUUUGGACUACCUGCUAUCAGUCUUGUUGGUUCCCUACGGCACUCCGUGUCUGUAUUAUCCGCCGUGGCUGCUAUUUUUGUCUUCGUGCCACGCCCUUUUUGUUCAGAGCUCUGUAUUCUACUGGCCCCUGCUGCUACCAACUUGUAUUUGCGGAUUUGGGGACACAGCUACUCAUUUUAUAUCGAAGUUGUAUAUUACGAGGUGGCACUCGACACUCCUUUCGUGCCUGGGUGUACCCACUGGCCCUGCUGCACUUUGUUGGAGUUCGUGCUGCAUCUUGUGGUCGUCAUGGAAACGAUGUAAUACACAUGCGCACCAAGUUUCAUCUCCAUGCGUGAUACUGUUAGCGAGUUUGAGGAGUGAAGAAGUAAUUUUAAAGAAAAGUGCCUGAGGCUAUUUGUUGUUGUGGUCGUCAAGGAAACGAUGUAAUACACAUGCGCACCAAGUUUCAUCUCCAUGCGUGAUACUGUUAGCGAGUUUGAGGAGUGAAGAAGUAAUUUUAAAGAAAAGUGCCUGAGGCUAUUUGUUGUUGUAGUUGUCAUGGAAACGAUGUAAUACACAUGCGCACCAAGUUUCACCUCCAUGCGUGCUACAAUUAGCAAGUUUGAGGAGUGAAGAAGUAAUUUAAAGAAAAUUGCCUGAGGCCUUUUCGAACAAUAUGCGGUCGUCAUGGAAACAUGUAAUCGUCAUGGAAAUGAUAUAAUAGGCAUACGUACCAAGUUUCAUCUCUAUGCGUGCUACCAUUGGAAAGUUUGAGAAGUGAAAAAGUUAAUUUAAAGAAAAGUGCCUGAGGCUAUUUGUUGUUAUUUACAAACAUGUAUUGUUGGGAUUUUGAUGUUGGCUAUUGAAUACAUUGUGUAUACAAACUUUCGCUCGCAUAACUCUUACCAAUUGUGAGUUACACUGACACAUGUAGUAUGCCCAUUAUAACGUAUUGCCCAUUAUAAUGUAUUGCCUGGGGCAAUGUUGUUGUUGUUUACAGUAAACAACAUUGUUUACAAACAAAAAAGUAUGACGUUGCCCAUGUGGUUAUCGAUAUGUACAUUCCUACAAAAUUUCAUGGCUUUAUCUCUUUCGGAUUUUGAGUUACGCUGGUCGAAGAAGAAGAAGAAGAAGAAGA